UGAUUCUCUCCCAUUUGUUGUCGUCCUUCUUCUCUGCCUCCGCCAUCGCCUCCAAGACGAACGGCAUCUGCACUGAGGGCUUCAGAGGAACCGUGGUGCCCUUGCCUCAAACUAAGCCAACCCGAUCGGGAUUUCUAGGAUGCUGGAGAAGUGCCACAUACGGCAGGAGCUUCAAUCUCAACUAACCCUCUUCAGAAUUUUACAGCUCAAGGUCGAAGGAAUGGAACUAUCCGGCCGUGUAUGGGUUUCCGGGCCGUUGGCCUCCAGGAAAAGGCCCGGCCCAUCAUUCCUUCCACGGUUGCACCCUCAAAUCCUGUUUUGCCCAUCCCAAUCUACGAGCCGCGAGGGUGCCAUGGCGCGAUACUCCCCGCCGCUGCUGCGUCGCUUCUUCCGCUGCGCCGCCAAAUCCGCCUCCGCCGCCGGAGGCGGCACUGGGAAGAAGAACCUCGUCUUCUUGGGAUCGCCCCAGGUGGCCGCCUCGGUCCUGGACACGCUGCUGGCCGCGUCCGGCUCCCUGGACUCCGCGUUCCAGGUCGCCGCCAUCGUGACGCAGCCCCCCGCUGCCAAGAACAGGGGGAGGAAGCUGAUGCCGUCGGCCGUCGCGCAGCUCGCGCUCGCACGCGGGUUCCCCGAGGACCUCAUCUUCACGCCGGAGCGGGCCGGGGAGGAGUCGUUUCUCUCGGAUUUGAAGGAUGUAAAACCGGAUGUUUGCGUCACCGCUGCUUACGGGAACAUUCUGCCCCAGAGGUUUCUUGAUAUCCCACCAUGUGGAACAGUUAAUAUACACCCAAGCUUGUUGCCUCUAUAUCGUGGUGCAGCUCCAGUGCAGAGGGCAUUGCAGGAUGGUGUUGUAGAAACAGGUGUUUCCCUUGCAUAUACCGUUCGUGCAUUGGAUGCAGGUCCAGUGAUUGCAUGUGAAAGGUUUUCUGUUGAUGAAUGUGUCAAGGCACCAGAGCUACUUGCUGUAUUGUUUGAUAUAGGAUCCACGCUAUUGAUUCGUGAACUACCAUCCAUUCUUGAUGGCUCGGCUAAAGAAAAGGCACAACCACAGGAUGAUUCUGAUGCUACACUGGCACCCAAGUUGAAUUCUGAGGAGUCAUGGUUAUCGUUUGACCAAGAUGCUAAAGUGCUCCAUAACAAGGUACGAGCAUUUGCAGGGUGGCCAGGAACUCGCACGAAACUGCAACUUGUAAACCAAAACGGUGAAUCCAAUGUGCUAGAGAUUAAGGUUAUCAGCACGAAGGUUUCAACAUCCUGUGGCAAGAUCGGUGAUGAAAAUGAGAUUCUGUUCUCGGGGAGCUCAUUGCUGAUUCCUUGCAGUGGGUCAACUUGGCUCGAGGUCGUGGAGCUUCAACUCCCUGGAAAGAAGGUAACGACGGCACGAGACUUCUGGAAUGGAUUGCGUGGUCAGAAGCUGCUGAAAUCACCAUAGAGUGCUUGCAUUCGCAUCACAGCUUGUGCUAUCAUAUGCAUAGCAAGGGGAGCGCACUGCCAUUACACACAUAUUACUGGAAGAGACGUCGUUUUUCCUGAUUUUUUUACUGGGUUAUUUUGCAUUCAUCGUUGGCAUGUUUAUUGCUUGUUCCGUGGAUCUUUUAAAAUUACAUACAAUUGUUAAUUUUUGGUCCCAUUUCAUCUGA